GGAAACCCCCAUCGUAUGCCCCCUCCAGGCCCGAUUUCUCCUUCCCGAAGAGAAGGGAAGUCCCAGCGUGCGCCUCUGGGGAUUCUCCUGGUGCUGGAACAAGAUGUGGUUUUACAGUCCAUUGACCGAGCCAUUGAGGCUAUCCACAAUGCAGCUAUGAAGAAUGGAGGCAAAUACAACUUGGAGCAGAGGGAUGUCCUCCAGAAACUGAUCCAUCAUCGGAAGGAAACUGUGUCACGCAAAGGUCACACACCAGCCAGUCAGGGAACGAUUAUGACCCCAUCCUCCAGUGAUCACCAUUUGGAUUUAGCACGGCAGCCCAAUGGCAUGUGCCGGACAGGAUACGAGCGACACCACAGCCUGCCAAACACGGAGAUCCAAGAGAAUGAUGAAGGCCUUUACCAGAUCCCGCCACAGCCACGACGUGCUGCUCCUGUCACACCCCCACCACCAGAGAAACGCAAGAAUGUGCAGAUGGAAGCACACAUUAAAAAUGCUGUUGAAAUCGCCUCUGGGUCUGUUUCCAGUGCCUCUUCUAUGAGUACAGCUUCCCUGGAUACCUUGUACACUGGUUCCACUGCAUCAGAAGCUGGUCUCCCAACAGCCACUUCCAGCCCCUCCAACACUCCUCCCCCAGUCCCCAGCAGGAGUGCCCACACUACAGUAUCGCGCAGCUUGGAUAUUAGCUCUUCGGCCCACCUGAAGCAUGGGACUUCAGCAAGGGGUGGGGCAACCAAAUCUCCCCAGACCAAGAGGGCUGCCCCAGCACCACCUUUUGAAACAGGGAGUCAGAGGUCUCUCCAUAUGGAUGGGGAGAAGAAUCAGCAAGUCAAGAAGACAGCACCAGCUCCUUCCGGGGGCUUAGAAGCCUUCAACUCUCUUUGCCUUGAUGAUAAGAAGGCAGCUGCUUUGGAGCUGUUGGCACCAGAAUCCAGCAGCCAGGCUGUGUCUGUGCCAAAGACAAUAGGUGCGGAACUGAUCGAGCUGGUGCGCAGGAACACCCACCUCAGCUAUGAGCUGUCGAGGGUUGCUAUUGGUGUAGUGAUUGGCCACAUUCAAAACUCCAUCCCAGCAAUCAAUAACAUCAUGGAGCAGAUCCUCAUCUCAUUGGUGGAAAAUAAGAAUCUGAGUUCUGGGCUGCCUUCGGGACAGAUCUGCCAUGAUGAGCAGCGGCUUGAAGUGAUCUUUGCAGAUCUGGCCAGGCACAAAGAUGAUGCUCAGCAGCGCAGCUGGGCACUGUAUGAGGAUGAAAACGUCAUCUGCUGCUACUUGGAAGAGCUGCUCCAUAUCCUGACAGAUGCAGAUCCUGACAUUUGCAAGAAAAUGUGCAAAAAGAAUGAGUUUGAAUCAGUCAUGUCCCUUGUGACAUAUUAUCAGAUGGAGCACAGAGUGCCAUUGCGGCUGCUGUUGCUGAAGUGCUUUGGAGCAAUGUGCAACUUGGACGCUGCUAUUAUCUCGACUCUCGUUAACUCUGUCCUUCCCAUGGAGCUGGCUCGCGACAUGCAGACUCACACGCAAGACCAUCAAAAGAUGUGCUAUUCUGCACUGGUGCUGGCUAUGAUAUUCUCUAUGGGAGAGCCACUGCCAUAUCAUCAUUAUGAGCAGCUCAAUUCGCAGUUCGUCCAGUUCCUGUUGGAUGUGAUUGAAGAUGGGCUGCCCUCAGACACCACAGAGCAGCUGCCUGACCUAUUUGUUAAUGUCCUCCUGGCCUUUAAUCUCCACAUUCCAGUUCCAGAGCACAAUGUGAUCAUGACGACAGUGAGCAAGCACUCCAACGUCAAGACCUUCACGGAAAAGGUGCUGCUGCUACUGAACAGGGGAGAUGAUCCGGUUUGCAUCUUCAAGCACCAGCCUCAGCCGCCGCAUUCAGUGCUGAAGUUCCUUCAGGACAUCUUUGCCAGCAAGGAUACCGCAAACAUCUUCUACCACACGGACAUGAUGGUGAUGAUCGACAUAACUGUGCGGCAGAUUGCGGAUCUCUCCCCUGGGGACAAGCUGAGGAUGGAGUAUCUGUCUCUGAUGCAUGCAAUCAUGCGUUCCACACCCUACCUGCAGCAUCAGCAUCGCCUCUCUGACCUGCAGGGUACCUUGCAGCGCAUUUUGGCUGAGGAAGAGGAGGGGCAGCAGUGCCAAAUGGACAAAAUGAUCAUCUGGGAAAUGUAUAAGGAGUUCCCAGAAAUCUUGCCAGGCACCAGCUAACUGGCCACUGGCUUGGACUGGAAGAGAGAGCCACUUGGAACAAAAAUGUCUCAUGUUGACACUUUUCCCAUCCCCUUCCAGUCCUGCUUAUACUUUCUAUUCCUCCGGGUGAGGCCGAGGGUUCAGGCAGGCCCUGCAGAAGUGUCAGUGAUAGAACACCCCAGCAGAAAGCAUUUUAAGGGCAUGGAAGGAAGAGGACGAUUGGCCCUAGUGCCACGCUCUGACUGGGGCUGAAGGCAUUCAUCAGCCAACAGCUCUGUGAUGGCACAGAGGAUGAGUGAGGGACUUCCUGACCUGGCUGCUGGCUGGCUUUGGAUGGUUAGCAGUGCUGGGGUCUGAGGUCCCAAAGUAAAAAGCCUUGGUUGUAGCUUGGUUGACCCUUGUCCCGGCACACAUCUCUCCCUGCAUUACCAAGUGGAGUAGGCCAGUGUUUUGAAGAAGCCUUUGUAACAUCUGUUUUGUUUUCUGCUGCUAGUGCAAAUGUGCUGCAGUCCUGGCAAAGGAGCUAGCUAGCUGCGUCUCCAGUACUGCGUCUAGUGAGCCUUUCACUUCCUCCUGUCCCCUGGCUUCUCUCUGAGCGACAGCCCAGCACCUGGGGUGCUAACGGCCUCGUCCAGCAGCUGCUUUUUCCCGUAGUGAUGAUUAACUGGGAGUGUCUCACUGUGCUGGCAGAGUAGUAACCUUUGUCCAGGCAGUGUUAUUUUUGCGGAGGCAUCUGGCCUAGAUGCAGCACUAAGGUGUGCCCUGCUAACUGAAAGCUGCAGCAUGUCUCCUAAUGUCUUCCCAGCCUCUGGAGCACCACAGAGGUGUGUAUUGUAGCUAGGCCCGUGGGGUGUUCUCUUUUUAAAACCUGUGGAUUUCUUGCCUUGAGCUUAGUAGCAGUUGGUUCUGCUUCACUGUACCUCUUCUCCAUGUGCCAGCAGCCUGAAGCUUGCUGGAGCCUGGUCUCCAGUAGCUUUGCUUGUGCAUAAGCUUGGAGGGCCAGCGUCUCUUCGGCUCUAGUGAAAAGGAUUAAUCUGUGUGUUACGGACGUGGUCGCAGGCUGACAUGGGUCUGUAAUCUCUUGUUCUGCACAGGCUUCGCGGUGCUUUGUGUAGAGGCUGUUAGAAAUGAAACUGGAAACACUUAGGCAGCUGUUGGUUGGUUUGUUAGCAGCUGGAUGAGCAAAACUUGAAGUCUGUGUGGUGAGGACUUGGGCCCCACGUGUGAUGUUGGUGUGAAGCCCAGAAAGGGAUCUUGUGGUGGCCCUCCAGCCUAAAGAGGGGGUGAGUCAUGAAAUCAGUGUUAGAGGAUCCAAAGCUAACAGGCAACCCUGAUAGAAACCAAUCUAUUUUCCCAAUCAGAAUGUCUGAAGGUCAAAGGGAGCUGUAUUUUCUUAAUCACUAACAUAAAUGUAAACCUGCAAAGGAAUAAAACCGUCUUAAAA